UUUCAGGUUGUCUCAAAUGAGUCUAGUCGCUUGUAGCUCAGCGCCUGGCAUUGCGUCUAUCAUCGUUGUUCACUGAUACACCCAUGCUUCCAAUCUGGACCUCGAACGAAAGAACAAGUCAUAUAAUGGACUCGCAUGCAGGACCCAAGCUCUGGUAGAGCUGGCAAACCAUCUCCUUACACAUUCACACCAUAUCCUGGCUAUGAACGCAUAUUCACCACAUCAUAGACUCCCCACCUUAGUCCGGUCAUCGAUACACUGAAAGCCAGAUAUAAGGGCGGGACUUUAUUUAUAUUCACGAAUCCGAGACCACUCUCGAAGAUACACUACACCAAUCUUCGCAAAAACACCGCCUGCAAAGGACAGCAUCCUACAACUACGAACGCUUGGACAUCUUGAGAUGACGAACUCGUACCCUUCGGGCUCACCGGGGGUUCCAGAUUCGAGCAUGCCGACUGGAGCUCCCGGAUUCAUGCCUCGAAGAUCCUCGUAUGCUUCAGUCGUUUCUGGGACGGCAUCGGGAGCUCCAUAUCAGCAGCCAGCUCGGUCUGGCGCAUUCUCACACCUUCUCAACCAGAACGCGGACUUUAGCUAUGAUCCUAGCUACCAGAACUUCGGCGGGCACCAGCGAUACGAUCACCGCACGUAUGAUAUGGAUUUCCACACAGGGGGGAGCUCUCAUGGGCGUUCGGGGUCAUGGGGUCGUGGCGGACAAUUACACCCGUUUUCGAGUGCAUUCGCAGCGGUAGUGAGUGGAAAUGGAUAUGGAAAUUUCGGCGGAAGCAGCACAGAGCAGUUCUUCAUACCAUCAUAUCUGAAAGGGUCAAGAUAUCUACAGAGGCUAGAGGAGGCACACAAGGCGAAGAUUGCAGCGCAGAAAGACAGCCAGUCUGCUCCAUCCUCACAACCUGGUUCGCUCUCUACAAGUGCAAGCAGUGUAAAUCUGCAUACGAAGAUGGCUUCCUCGUAUCGGGGUAUCGCACAUGAUGUGAUUGAAAAAGCACCGCCUUCAAAAGACGAAACUCUGACCCCUCUACCUUCUAAAUGGAAUAGCCUGGAUAAGUACGGAGGUUUAGAGGUAUUGAACGAUGGUAUGGAAGUGAAGUUCUCAGGGCCAAAAUCUGAAAGGGACCGAGAUCAUGAAGCGUGUGCCAUCAGGGCAGACCAUCCUAUGCCAUCCCAGUGCGGAAUCUACUACUUUGAGGUCGAUAUUGUCUCGAGGAAAAGAGAAGAAAGCUCUAUUGGUAUUGGUUUCUCAACCAAGAACGUACCAUUAUCAAGGUUGCCCGGAUGGGAGCCAGAGUCAUAUGCGUACCAUGGGGACGACGGUCACUCAUUUUGCUGCCAGAGCUCAGGCAAGCACUACGGACCACCUUUCAAUUCCGGAGAUGUGAUCGGCUGCGGAGUGAAUUUCCGAACAGGAUGUGCUUUUUUUACGAAGAACGGUGAUCAUCUAGGUACCGCUUUCCGCGAUAUCAAGGAAAAUAAAGGGAAGCUCUUUCCUUCCGUAGGUAUGAAGAAAGCGGGCGAGCAUAUAAGAGUAAAUUUCGGGCAAAGACCAUUUGUCUUUGACAUAGAUGGCAUGAUGUCGGCAAGUAAUACUUUUUCUUAUCCCCAUUCCCCACUUCGUAGCGAUAUACCAGGCAAUGGCUCCAACAAUCAAGAAAAUGGAGCAGAUGCCGCUGGAGCUCCGGAAUCAUCCUUAGAAGACGAAAAUACGGCAUCUAUCCAGGAACAUUUUAUCCACCGAGAAGUAGUUCCGCCUCCUCUUCUACCCCUAGAAGCAAUUCCAACUGGUCUGUCGAUCCAUAAGAAUGAAGGGCAGGCCCUACCAGCUGUCACUGAACAUGCUCCGACUGCUGAAGCUACCGAUGACCCCGGUGUCAUCGACACCUCAGCCAACAGCGCGAACCAUUCUAGCACCCCUGAGAUUGUCAACGACAGAGCUACGAGUCCAGCACGAGAGGAAACGCUUGGACCUUUCAACACUUAUGAUCAAGCUCGGGCAGCAGGUCGGAUACGCCAGCUCGAGGCCAAUAGUGGCGAGCUGGACAGCUCUACAGCACGACCGUAUAUCACUCUCAAUACAUUUCGAACACGGCGAGGUUAUGAGACGAGGCUCUAUACAUGGCAUCAUGCCUUGGAGCAUCCAACCAUCAGACGUAUCUCUUCGGCCUCAAAUGCAACAGUGACUCCAGCAACUGCGGAUCGAAAUAUUGGAAGUGCAUUGCUGCAGCCUACUACAGUGACCGAUCUAUCCCUCGUAUCUCCACUAGACUCUCCACCUCCUCUGAUACCACUAGAUGGUCAUACACCAACAUCAUCUGGUCGUGGACCCUACAGACAAGAUCUCGAUAGUUCAAACGGCUUCAGCCAAUUCCCUAGUUGGGGUUUCGCAGAAACAAGUAACCAUCCGUCUGGGCCAUAUCUCAGUGAUCUUGACAGUCUUCAGACAGCCAAUGAAAACCAGAUUCGACUACUACGUGGUAACACUGCGACUUCUAAUUCUGUCCUGUCGAAUGCAACGCGCGAUUUGACAGAAUCAGCCAGUCCCAGGAAUGGUACUUAUAUCUCUGCGGUUCGGCUGUCACGCCGUGAACGUCGUCCAACCAUUACAUAUCAAGAAUUCUUUUCCGGAACCCAAUCUCCAAGACCGCGGAGAACACAAGAUCGCUCAAAUCGUCCACUUGCGCUACCUUAUUAUCGCCAUUCAUUCACAAGUCGGAAUCCACGUCAGCCGCCUCCAAGCAAUGCCAUUGAGUCUCAAAACUUCCUUGGUAUCAGUGGUGAACGACCUCGGAGGAGUCUGCACUCACGGCUGAGUUCUGCCUAUGAUGCACUUUCUCAAGUCUUGAAUGAAUAUAAUGGCCCCGUUCACACGUUUGAUCUUUCUGGAUCAGGCUUGUUUCAUCCUCUUACAUAUCGGGAAGAGCAGACAGCUUUGGCCCAAAAUGGCCACCGAGUCUUCCAUGGCCCCGAUUCAGAGAUUCGACAAUCUACUGCCAAUCAAAACGGACACAGCCAUGUUACUUCUCCCCCGAACAUCACUACAAUAAUAGGCCAACAAUACUCGACUGCUCAGAACGGGGUUGGUCGCUUUGUUCAACAUGGCCAAGGCGCACCUCACCAGCCCUCUUCAGAGAAUCCACGAGCUCCAGGAAGCCAACCCCCAAUUGGUCAAUCAAGUAAUGAUGCCAACCAUGCAGCAGAGCCACAGCUACAAUCACCGGUUGAACAGGAACGUUCCACAACAACUAAUUCGCUUUUCAUCGCACUGGCAAGAAUUCCACAAAUCUCUGAGAGCGAGCGCGCUCAAGUCGCCCUCCUCCAAGCACAAAUUGGCCGCCUUCGCCAGGAUUGGAUAUCGCGGGAGAUUUCUAAGGUUAUGUGGACAGGGAUACGAGCUAAUUAUUCAUCGCAGAGAGAGAAGAAGCAAAUCAGACAAGAAAUUGAAGCCACAAGCACAGCUAAGCUAGCACCCCCAAUGGACGAAACAGAACUAAUACAAGCAUUGGUUCUCCAAGCUCUUGCCCAUGAUGGCUAUGUCGAGACUGCCAGAGCAUUUGCGGAAGAAGUUCACGCAGAAAAGAAAGCAUUGAGCCUAGAUCCGAAUGAGGUCGUUAAAGGUUUCGAUGUCAAGGAGGAUGAAGAUGCAAGUCAUCGUCAGCGGAUACGAACUGCUGUUCUGGAAGGGGACGUUGACAAAGCUCUGAAGUACACUAACGCUUAUUAUCCAAGUGUGCUCAAAGACAAUGAGCAUGUCUACUUCCGCUUACGAUGUCGAAAAUUCAUUGAAAUGGUGAGACAAGCAGCCGAGUUACAGAAUGCCAGCUCGAAAAUCAUCAAGAAGAGUAAUGGUCAUAAUGGAGACUGGUAUGACGAUAUCAUCAAUCAUGACAUGGAAUUAGAUGAUCAUCCGAACUCAAACAACUACGACCGGAUGGACACCGAGGAACUCCCUGAAAGCCAGAAUGAGCAUCUACGAUUGUUACAAGAUACACUGGUUUAUGGUACAGAACUCCAAGCAGAAUUCAAGGAUGAUCCAAGAAGAGAAGUCAAGAAGGGCCUCGACGACAUCUUCGCUUUGAUGGCAUAUGAAGACCCAUUGAAAGUCAAAGAGGUCUCUCAUCUCCUGGAUCCUGGAGGUCGGAUGGCAGUGGCAGAAGAGUUAAACUCUGCAAUACUACUAUCUUUGGGCAAAUCCUCCUCCGCCGCUCUCGAAAGACUCUAUCAACAAACAUAUGUCUUGCUAGAAGAUCUUCGAGAAGGGGGUGGUGCUGGUUCACUCGUAAAUAUUGACGACUUCGUACGGCCGAAGUCCGGCUCCUGAGACAUAGCAAGCAGGUCAACUGGGUAGGGAUCAAGGGGCGAAUGGAAUUCUUUGACAAAGAGACAUUCUUCCCAGUCAGGCGUUAACAUCAUCUUAUUUUGCUCGGUCUCCUUAUCUUUCUCUACUCAUACUCGGCAUGCAUGUGGAUAGGUGUAUGGGGUUAAUCGGCUGCUCAGCCUUUCCUUUUCUUCAAUGGGGAGUAUGUUCAUUG